AUGAGAGUGUGGAAUGAGGUUCAAGACAACUUUUUGUUGCAACUACUUGAUACUGGCCUGAAUUCUAUUCCGAGUCGCAGUAAGAAGUUAACUGAGAUGAAUGAAAAGAAUUUUGAUAAGUGGCUUAAAAAUCAAGAUUUUACAAAGCAACCAACACCCAAAUAUGACAUAGCUAUUCCUGUUCUGAGUGUCAAAUCCGACUCAAACUGUCAAAAGUCAGAAACAUUGAUACUUCCUUUGUCGUUGGAGAAUAAUGCGACCACUGCAGGUACUGCUGCGAUAUUUGAGGAAUUUGGCAAAGAGUUUGGUAUCCCUUGCGAACACGCUAAAGACUACUUGCCUUUUGACAGCAAAAAUCAGACAUUCGAUCUCUCAGCUGCCCGGACACACCAUGAAUUUCUGGCUUCUUUAAAAAUACAUAAAACAGAAAUGGCCAGAACAGUUCAGCAAUUGAAUGAAGUUGAGAAGGCAUUCAAUUUACCUACCACAGAUUUGGAACCAGAAUCGACAGUUUCCAUUUCAACUACAAGCCAGCAGAAGGUAGAUGCCAAGUUCAAGAAUACUUUUGACAACAUUGUUAAGCGAAUGUGGGGAGCUCAACAAGACAAAGAUACAUCAAGAUUUGACAAGUUUAUUGAUUGGCUAUCGAGUCACAGAAAUUAUUGGGAGAAUGUGAAAGAUCACAACGGAAGGACCAUUCUACAUGCUGCAGUAGAAAAUGGAAACAUACCGUUGGUGAAAACCCUCAUAACAGUGGGAUUUGACAUAAACGCUAAAGAAUUAUGCGGUGCAACGCCUCUAACCAUUGCUGUUAUUAAGAAAGAUGAGCACAUGUCACAGUAUCUUUUGGAUAAUUGUGCUAUCUUCGACAGCCGUUAUUUUACUACUAUUCCAAGCCCAUAUGCUCUUGCAACGAAAUUGGAAAUGAAUGUUCAAAAAACAAUGGAGGAUUUUUCAAACAAGGAAUCUGCCAGCAACGAUGAAAUUUGGAGAACAUUUCAAAGUGAAGAGCAAGUAACAACCACAAAUGUAGGACGUGUAGACCAUGAAAACCAGGUUGUUGAAACGGAAAGCGACCGUUACAAUUACGAAAGAAAGAACAAAUCAUCCGUUACGCUAGUUGUUGGUGACCAGGGAACUAAUAAAAAUAUCCGCGGGGUUAAAGGGCGUUCCCAGUCAGCAUAUGGCUGGGCUGCAGAGGUUCCAGGUGACAUGCAUGCGAAGGGGUACAUGUAUGAAGUUUGUAAAAAAGUGAUGUCGCCUGGGGGGUUCAUGCAUAUUUUACAAAACGUUCUGAUGAGGAAAAAGAUAACGGCUGAGAGUUUUGGGAAGAAGAAAUUCCAGGAUCAAAACCUAAAUAGAAUUCAAGAGGCAGUGCGUGAUACUUCUAUGGCAUUUGGCAUAGCUGCAGUGUUGGAAUUUAAGGAAUCCAUUCUUUUCCCAAGCCAAGAUGAGCUGGAUGAUUGCAAACGGUCAAACGGAAAUCAUAGUGCAAUAUUGUUAUCCAAGAUGAAACAGUGGAUGAGUGAAAGUUGUGAAGACGUUUCUUUCAAAUACUAUUCCCAGAUGUUUUCAUUGUUUGGUCCAUUACAGCAAUUGUAUAUGAAUGCAGUAAGGUAUAACAUAACAUACUUUGUUGAGCUUCCCCAUAUGGGACUCAGUUUCACAGACUAUUGACGUAAAACAUAUAAUACUAACAACAGAACAUACACAUACAGCUGGACUACCUUAAUUGAAAUAGCUGUAUAUAUGACGCACCGCAGCUUGUUCCAACCGUAUAUGAAUUGUCAGAAAAGAUUCAUAUACGGAUGAAACAGAGUGGUUUCUUUCGAAGGAAAACAGAGAACUAUAUUUGUGACCCUCUUUGGGAAAACAUACGUUAACGGUUUGAGAAAAACGGAUAAAAAAGUUUAUGUACCGCGUUCGUCAUCCGUUUAAACGGUGAACGAUUACUAUUAAAACGUAUCAUCCAAACCGUUUACUACCUAUUUUUUUUGGUCAUUUAAACGGAAAAGCGUUAACGUAUGUUUUCUCAAAGAGACAUUCGCUGCACAUAUAUGGUGGUAUCUGUAUCCAUAUAUUGAUUGUUCUAUAAAGAAACUUUCUUUCGACACUUUUAGGUAUGGACAUGGUCUUGCAAGAGAAGCAGUCUGGAUGAUAUUGCAACCGCUUUUUGCUCAAUCAAACAAACGCAAUUACCACACAGAAGCAAUGGUCCAUAUUGUAAACUUCCUUGCCAUGUGGCCUCUUGCGACGAGGGAACUUCUGCGUAGAAAUUGUUCGAUUAGCUUAAAUGGUAAGGAGGGUCACAACCUUGCACUAGACGAGUGGGUUGAAAGUGGUAUUGUGCAACCUUUGAAGAAGUAUUCAACAGGUUAGUGUGUAUCUAUUUUUUAAUAGUGUAUCCUUCUGAUUCUGCUAAUUUAAAUUUUGUAUUUUCUGUCUAGAAUUUUUGUCAAAAACAACUUGAGGCAGAGGGUUUUGCAUCUGCCACACACGCCAACAACGAGUUUUCUUUUAGGACCUAUCCUUUUCCCCAUGCUAUUAGUUUUGGUUGGGUUAGUGUACCCCAUAAUUACAUGCAGUUUUCAUAUUUCUAGGGCAUACCACAGUGAAGAUGUUACAGCGUUUAAUGUCAAAUAUUGAUAUUCUUAUUCAAACAAGGAAAUCAUUUCAAGCUCGUGAAGCAUUCAAUGUGCAUCCAACCACAAAGCAUCAUGAGCAAGAUUCCUUCCCUGACCAGAUCAAGGCAGCGCAUUUUGUAUUGAGACAGAAGUUUCUGAAUCCUAUGCUGGACAGGAAAGCCGUCAAGAAAUUUGGCGGUCCAAUAAACGCAUGCAUAUCCACCAGCAACCUAGAUGCUUAUGAAAGUGGAAAGAAGAAAGUCGUUGAGAAUUUUGAUCGGAAAUUGUUUGCGUUGUAUGGUAUAAUGAAGGACUCAAAUGCAGGUGUAGUUGAAGAAUAUGAAAGCGAUUCAGACUGA